UUAAAAAAAAUCCAAACUAUUACAAUUUUUGAAGCUGCUUCAAAAAUCAAUAAAACGCGUUUUUUGCUUGUUUUUAGCAAUUACUUGUUAAAGUAAUAACAAAUGAUUAUGAUUCCGUUGAUUUUAUUGUCUUUCGGUGAAGGUGAUGUGUGAAUUUAUAAAUAAGACACAAAUUAAAUUUGUCUUGAUACUUGAUCGAUAGACCGAUAGUAUGCGAAGAGUUCAAGCAAUUUGCGAGUUGUUUUCAGUUCGAAAUGGUUAUUCAAAAGAAUAAAGACACAAGUAAUUUAGCAAGUUUCGUUAGCUCUACGGGUGCAUGGAAUUUGCAGGCGCCAUCUAAAAUUAUCAAUAUACGCACGAGCACAACAGCCAACAUGCAAGCGAAACAGCCCAUCACUCGCCAGAUAGCCAUAAGUACAUUGGCGGCCAUGCACCGGCGCUUCAGUCUCCCUGGCCCAGUUCAACCCCACUCGAGACCUAUUGCAGAGUUUCGAGCGAGCGCCAACAAAUCUCUGGACAUGUUACGCCAAACCAUACAGUCUGCAGUCACAAGGGAAAUUGAUCAAGUUAUAAAAAAGUAUUUAGAAAAAUUCUUUGUUCCUGCAGUAAAUAAUAUCAGACUGAAUUUAGGCGAUGAGUCUGUAAGUGAGGAUCAGGUGAGAGCAGUUUGCCGGGCAAUGCUUGAUGCUACAAGACUACUUUAUUCCACUCCUCCCAGGACUGUAACCACAGGUUUUACUGAUAUAACAUCUGAUAUGGAGACUAGCAAUAAUGGAGAAAAUAAAUUAACACGACAAACAUUCCAGAAUACAUCACAAAAUAAACGCAAAGAAAUGGAGUUAGAUAUUGAUUUUUCCAAAAUAAAGAAGAUAAAACUAGAGGACACCACAGACAGUGCAUCAUCAUCUCCCUUGCCAUCACCAGCGCUCUGUGACCCUGAUAAAUGGAAUCCAGCGAGGCUCACUAAGGACACUCUGUUUAUUAUGGGAUCUCAUGCACACAAAGUGCUAGGUCUUGGUAAUUCAAGAGGUCGUCUUUACUCAAAACAUCCAGGCUUACUGCGAUAUCCAGCUGACACUGCUGACAAAGAAUGGAUUGCCACCCACAAUCUGGUGAAUGCUGUUGGUGGAAAGACUUACAUAAUGAUAUUAGAAGAUAUUGAAGAACUUGCAACCAGUGAUACAUACAAACACAGCUCACUUCCUUUGCUGGGUGAAUUGACAGGAUUUAAAGUUCCACCGUUUAUGUUGAGGAAAAUAAAGGCCUAUGCAUUAAGGCGAACACUAACCGGAGACAUCCCCAAUGCUGACAGUCCUCAGCCAUCUACAAGCAAUGCUCAAGAGGACAAAUUCAAAAUAGAGGACAUAAAGCUUGAAGCACACGACGAUUUUGACUCCGCAAAUUUCAAUGCCAGUCAAUACAUGACGAGCUCUGACACUUCUAGAGAUUUCUCUGAAGAUUCUCUCAUGAAAGAGGACACCGAUUUCGCUGACAUAAAGGUUGAGGACAUCGAUGAUAUUAAAGUCGACAGUAUAAAAGUGGAAGAUCUGGACGAAAUUAAAGUAGAUGAAGUGGAUAGUUUAAAUGUCAGUGGCAUUAAAGUUGAAAAUAUUGAUGAUCUAAAUGUUGAUGCGAUAAAAGUUGAAGACAUAAAGAUGGAGAAUGAUGAUGCGUUCGAUCUCUGCAAGCAGACAGAUGAUGAUGAUCAUAAUCUUGUGGAAGGGUUGCUGGAGGCUGAUAUAGAGUUUUUGAGUCGUAAUUUGGGUAACAUUGAGAGUGAAGCUGACGCUAGAAAAACUAUUGAGAAACUGACGGGGGCUAAUCCUGAUACAAUUACUCUGGUUGGCGAUGAAUUCGAUUUGGGAACAACUCUUAACACAAAUAAUUUCACAGGUAACCAAAACACUAAGUGCAUAACAGUAGCAUCGACCACCAGUGGCAUGGUGCACAGCGUGCCAGUGGCGCACAUAGCCGCUCCGCCCCGCAUCACUGGCAGCACGGUCCACUACUACACCAGCGGGGGGGUCCAACCCGGCCAGAGGACCAUACACCAUCUCCCGCAAGCCACUGUCACUAUACAGAGCAUCCCGGGGUCCAACUCGCAUAUGAUUCGAGGAAUCCCUAUCAACACCAAAUCGGGCACGAUCAGCACGGUGAUGUCGCAAGGCACCGCGAGCACGAUCAUCGGCUUCGGCACGCGAACAUCCAACGCCACCAUCAUCGGAGCCCCGCAGAAGAUGUUCGUCGGAGGUCUCAGCUGGCAGACUAGUCCAGAAAGCCUACGAGACUACUUUAAUAAAUUCGGCGAAAUCACAGAGGUUAUGGUUAUGAAAGAUCCCACGACGAGGCGGUCGAGGGGCUUCGGGUUUAUCACAUUCGGCGACCCAGCCAGCGUAGACAAAGUUUUAGCGCAAGCAACACACGAAUUAGAUGGUAAAAAGAUAGACCCCAAAGUGGCGUUUCCCAGAAGAGCACACCCAAAGAUGGUGACCAGGACAAAGAAAAUCUUCGUAGGAGGGCUAUCAGCACCCACAACGCUGGAAGAUGUAAAGAAUUACUUUGAACAGUUUGGACCGAUCGAGGACGCCAUGUUAAUGUUCGACAAACAAACCAAUAGGCACAGAGGUGGAAUGCAAAAAAGCACAGCCCAAAGAAGUCAUGCUUCCAGCGAACUUGGCGAAGACGAGAGCCGCCGGACGCGGCGCCUACGAUUUCAUGUGGUCAUUGGGUGCUCUUCCUGACGGUUUCCCCGCAGCGUACGCCGCCUACGCGGCAGGACGUAGCUAUUCGGGCUAUCCUAGCUUCGGGCUGCCGUACCCCGCAGCGUGGUGUCCGCGCCGCGCGCCCCCUCGGCCGGCCGUGGACCUGACCAACGGACAACUCACACCGAAUAACAACACACCGCUGCUCGCGCAGGCGCUCUCAGUGAUGAACAACUACCAGGCUGCCGCGGCUGGGUUCGGGCCGCCGGCCUCGCCGCACACGGCCGGGGGUCGUGCGGGGUUCCCGGCCGCUAGCUCGCCGGGCCCCGCGCUCGACGUGUACGGCUCGGCGGCGGACAGCGUCGGCUACGUACAGGCAGCGAGCCCCCAGCCCUCCGGUUUCCCCGCCAUCGCUGUCAGCCGUGCACCCCUCAAUUACACCCCAGGACCCUUGAUUCCUGCGGCUUUCACCAACGGUUAUCAUUGAAAGUGUUAUAGCACAAUAUUUAACGUGGCGAGCGGCGUGGCGGCGCGAAUCACCCCGACGCCUUUCCCCGAGCCGAGCGUUCGCGCCAGCUGCCGGCGAGCGCGCGCACGCCGCGGCCGCGAACACCUGCGAGCCGCGCCACGCGCCGCAUCGGCGACGGUCGUGUAAUCCGUCCGGCCACCGCGCGGACCGAUCCGUCGACCGCGGCAUCUCAACCUCACCGUACCCACCACCACGUUCCCAACUCUCCCGACCCCACGACCCGACCUCGAUCCCCACCCCUUAAACUUCGACACCUUGUCUAUUGUAAAUAUUGAUAAUCUACUUUUUGUCGUGUGAACGAGAGAUAGUCUAUUGAUUAAACAGGUAUUUUUUCAAAUUAUUCUCGCUUCGACUGUACCGUAGAUGUGUUGUCAAUAUAAACGAUUAAACUACAAAAUAAAAAAAAAUACAUUUCGUAAUACAUAAAGAGCAUCUAGACGAUUCGAUCGCAGGGAGGUAUAUCUUAAAAUAUUUUAUUAUUCAUAGUUAAAUUACAGUUUAAGGUGUAACUUGCAUGUCGACAUUUCCAUUUUGCGAGUCGUUUGAGUUGUUAAUAGAGGAUCGGUUCCGUGGCAUUUAAGAAUCGCAUCCGGCGUUCAAGUGUUUCGCGUACUAAAAUUUUCGGUAGUGAGCUUUUAUAUAUAAGAGUUUCGAGCGUCAUUAGGAGCCGAUUGCGGGCCCCGGCCGAGCGCGUCCGCUCGCCCGGGCUCGCGCAUGCAUUCGGUCGGUAGCGGUAGGUUGGUCGGCUGACCGGCGCCGGCGAACACUUCGGAGACAAUAACGCGGUUCGCGACCGCGCGAUCGCCGCGCGCUAUCUCGCUCGUCCACCAACACAUAUUUUAUUCUAUCUAUUUUUAAUAUUAAUGUCAAAUAUUAACAUAAUUACUAUACUAAUACAUAUUUCGCAUAUUUUACCUAUGAAUGUAAUUAUUUUCGCCUAAUUCGAAUUGUAUAAAAUCACAUCUAUGAGCGGCUAUUCUGUUUCUGUAGAAAAAUUCUGGAUUACUUCCCUAUAAGACUAUGUUAGUUACGCGUAUACAUACUUUCUUAAUAUUAAUAAUAUGUAUUAUGAUAUAAAAUUUUAUCCUAAGGAUAACAUGAUCAUAUUUACGAUUUUCAUAAGGACAUUUUGGAAAGCUAAGUCGGUACAUUUCAGAAUAUCUCUCAUCACAUUAAGAUAAUAAUUCAUUUCUAUCUUGUACCUUUGAAAGUAGGUAUUGUAAUUAUAAUAAAUAACAAUUUUGUGCAUUACGUAAUUAAUAUUUCAUUGUUUCUUACGAUUGUAUUUACCUUAAUAUAAGACCACUGUUGAAAAUAUUUGCGGCUCCACCAGAAACGCGGAGUCACACAGUACUUAGUCGUAUUUAAAGUUUUAAUCAAAAUAAUAAUAUACACAAUAAAAAUUUUCAUACAGAAAAGGCGAUAAAGACAAUUCUAACUUUUCAAUAAACCAAAGACAGGGAUAUAAAAAAUCAAAAUCAAGUGCGCAGGUUCGAGGUAAUAGAGUAAAAUAAAAGUCAAUUCAUUAAUCAUAUUCGUUAGGUACUGGAAAACUUUUGACCACUUUGUCUAGUUUGCAGCAGUCAGGAGUAAGGCACGCAAGCGCAGCUAGCCGAGCGCUGCUCGGCGCGGCUCGGCUCGGGCCUCCGGGCGGUCGAUGUCUGAGCGGCGCUUGCGUCUCUCGCUCGCUACACACACGUGCACUCGGUUGCAAUCAUUCGUUAUUUACUAUUAUUACUCAUUACCAACAUCAAUUAAACAUUAAUAUUAUAAAUCUAGGUAUUAAAUUUUAGGUAAUAAUAAUGAACAAUCUUUUAAAUGCUAUUAUUAUAUAAAUACGUUAUAAAUAUAAAUGUUUCCUGUUACAAAAAUAUUGAAAAUGAUACGAAAUAAAUCAAUAUUCUUUUUAAAGGUAAUUUAUUACUUAUGAGUAUGUAGUUAAUUGAAUAAUGGAGUGUUAAAAGGAGCGUGCCCGUCACCGGGUGGCGCGCUCGCUUCGCGUUUUUUGUUCGUUCAUGCCCAAACAUCGUUCGCUACGUGAGAACCCUCACGAGCCGCGCUCGCCCCGCGCGCGCGACUUCCCGCAGGAGACGCGACCGCUAUUAUGUUGUUAAACGUUAGCUAGGAAAUUGAUAAUAAAUCGAAGGUGUGAGUCUAUUAUAAGACGGUCGGAAAAUCGAUAUCAUACCUAACAAAUUAACGUAAUUAUUUGUUUUAUAUUUACGGUGUUAUAGGUAUUUAAGACAUUUUUCUUAGAAUAUUUAAUUAUUACGAUGAAAUGUUAUAAUUGUUAGGCCCAGGCCGACGGCGGGGCGGCGCGCGCGCACCGAGCCGCCGUCGGCCGUCUCAUUCACUCUUACAUCCUCACUAUAAUUAUAUUUUCUUACCGACCUUUUUAAUGUAGGAAAAGCGUACACGGCCGCUUAUCCCCGUGCGAGUUCGAGUACAAAAGAUACAUAAUAUAGUGAGAGACGUUCGUUUCGCUCGUUCGUGAGAAGCCAUCGGUUCGCCGCGACUGCACCGAGACGACCCAAUGACAAUUACUAUUGUAUAUAAAUAGUUAGCCGCAUGUGUAAAAACGUAUUAGUCGAUACCAUCUGAUCGAUAUUAUUAGACUCAUUCGAGCUACAAUCAGGAUUAGCUUUACAGAGAUAUUAGUUUCAUUGUUGUUGUUAUGGUUUGUUGAUACAGUUUGUGAGCUUGUUUCGUUAGUCCCUUUAGGGCUUCCACACGCGGGUCAUUCUUUAUAUUGUAUGAAUUUUUAUAUUUUUUUAUGUGCAUUAUUAUUAUUAUCAUUCUAAAUGAUUUUAAGUAGCUCUUUUUUAUACUAUUUAAUUAAAGUAACGUAUUGCCAAGCAAUAUAUAUUGAAUAAGACGUAAAUUUUUGAAUACAAUAUUAGCGAAAAAUUGGAGUUGUUACGUAGAUUCAAUCAUUCAAAAUGAAUAGUUAGAUUUGUUCGGUAGCUGGGUAUGGCCCGCGUGUACGUAGCCGCGGCUCGGUGUGCGCUAAACUAACUUGUACAACGAUAUUUUCAUAGGAAUGGCUACCUUUAGAUUGAAAUCGUACGGCCAUUUUGUAGUUAGUAUUUUGGGAUUGAUCACUCGAAUGCGUAGGACAGUCCAAUCGGUCAUUUCGUAAAGGAAACUGUGGCUUUGAGAAAGAGGCAUAAUCUUGCCUCUGACCGGCCGUAGCUUAGGACGCAUUUUAGUCUAGAGUUGUCGCAGCCGCCAUCGACGCCGUUACAUUCUCGCUUGUUCGUUUCACGUUAGUUAUUUAAUUUCAGUCGCCAUUUUAGAGAUGUUUUCUAUAUCAAAUAAAGACUACGUAAUAAUAUUAAUAAGCGAGAUCUCAAAUUUAUUUUAAAAAUUCGUUAUGUGAUCAACACUGCGACUUAUCGUAUAAUAUCCAUCUAAGUAAAAAUUAAUAAAAAAAAAUAAUUUAUUAUAUUUUGUAUAAUAACAUUCUACAUUAUUUUACACUAUGUACUUUAUAUCGUUAAUAAAGAUAAUAAUUAAUUUUAAUCUAAUAAAGUGACAGACUGGUAAAGUUCGUAGAGUCGCCGAGGCGGCCUUAGAUCAGUAGCUUUGCAUACUCGGCAUUGGCCAACUUAAUGUUUCAAGGACCAAAGGUAUAGUUAUUCGCGUAGGACCGGACGCGCAUUGGCUCCACACGAACCGACUCAUCCGAUCGGUUGCAUCAAGCAGCAUCUGAGCGUGUCUGUGAGAAUAGCGCUUGAGAAUCAGAGGCGGGCUGAGCGGAGCCGCCGCUGCGCGCGCUUGCUCGCGAGCGGCGCGCGGCUCGUCGACGCUCGCAAACCACUCGCGAGCGGCGCGCGGCUCGUCGAAGCUCGCAAGCCACUCGCGAGCGGCGCGCGGCUCGUCGACGCUCGCAAGCCACUCGCGAGCGGCGCGCGGCUCGUCGACGCUCGCAAGCCACUCGCGAGCGGCGCGCGGCUCGUCGACGCUCACAAGCCACUCGCGAGCGGCGCGCGGCUCGUCGGCGCUCGCAAGCCACUCUCGCUCCCGGCACCCCUCCCGCCCCGCGCAACGCCGCCCGCUUGGUUUCGUUCUCGCGGUUACUUCUCGAUUACGUGCUUCGCGUGCUGACUGAUUUUCUAUAGCAAUAAAAAUCAAUUACCUAAGAUUUUACAUUAAUAAAGUAAAUUUGGAUUUAUAUACGUUCGAAUUUGGUGUCAUGUACAUUUAAAAUAUUAGAGAAAGGAGAUAACGAUAGGCGAACGAGCCGCGACGCUCGUCGCGGUGUCGGAGCAUUAUUUUCGUCAUUUCUUCGUGUAUAAUAUGUUACAUGAAUCUGUAUACAAUAUGGAUAUAAAUCGUAUUGAUGAAUAAAUUAGUUUUUACGGCAUCUCUUUAUUAAAAUAAUGAUAAUAUCAAACAUUUUGUAAAAAGCGGUGUGUAUGCCCGCCGCCCCGAUUUCGUGCACCAGUGCACUUUAACUUAUUGGAAUAUUACAUUACUAUAACGUACAUAAUACUAUGAGAUAUAUAAUCAUACAGCCUCUUGGGGCGCGCGUGUAUGGCGAUGUAUGUAUACACAUUGUGCAAUGUACAUAUACCUAUUAUAAUACAAUGAUUUAAGACAAGGUUCACAUCGUGCCGUGUGUAUGUGGUAAUAAAUAUAAUAUGGACAUUGUUCAAACAAUAA